CUUUGUUUAUUUUUUUAAUGUGGUGCUGAGGAUUGAACCUAGUGCCUCAUGCAAGCAAAGCAAGCGCUCAACCACUGAGCUACAACCCCAGCCCAUGCAUGAUCCUUUUAAUGUGUGCUAUAGUUUGUGUGUGGCCCCUUUGUUAGAGACAUUGUAUUGUAUUUUCUGUCUAGUUCUAUCUAUUAUUAAAUUUGCAGUAUAGAGGGCUAGGAGUGAAGCUCAGUGGUAGGGUGCUUACCUAGCAUACCCAAGGUUCUGGGCUUGAUCCCUAGCACUAAAAAGAGAAAAGAAAUUUUGCAGUGCAUUUUUCAAGGUCUGCAACUGUUAUUGUAGAAUUGUCCAUUUCUCCCUUCAAUUCUAUCAAUAUUUGCUUAAUGUGUUUUGGGAUCUCUGUUGUUUGGUGUGUAUAUAUUUAUCUUCUUUUAUGGUCAUGCUUAUUUUUUAAAUGUAAUUACUAAUUGUACAUGGUUAUGGGGUACAGUGAGAUAACUUGAUAUAAAUGUGUAAUGAUCAAAUUAGGUCAGUUAACUUUUCAUUUCUGUUAACUUUUUUGUGUGUGGUACUGAGGAUUGAACUCAGGAUUUCUCACAUAUUAGGCAAGGACUCUACCUCUGAACCAUACCUCUGGUCCAUUUUAUUGAAUUUUAUUUUGAUAUAGGAUUUCCCUGUGUUGCCAAGGCUGGCCUCAAAUUUGCAGUCUUCCUGCAUCAGCCUCUUGAGUAGCUGGGAUUACAAGCAUGUACCACCACACCAAGUUAUAUUUUUUAUGAACAGACAAUAAUCACAUUUAUGAGGUACAGUGUGAUACUUAAGUGCAUAAAUACAGCAUGUACUGAUCAAAUCAGAGUAAUAAACAUUUCCAUCUCCUUGUCACUACUUUGUGUUUGGAGACUUCAAGCUCCUCUCUUCUAGCUAUUUAUAUAAUAGAUUAUUGUGCACUAGCUAUAGUCACCCCACUGUGCUAUCAAACACUAGAACUUAUUACUCCUAUAUAAAUAUGUCACAUUUGCUAAAUGUCAUCUGAUGUCACUUUAUGCCCCCCUCCCCAGCCUCUAGUAACCACUCUUCUAUAUUCAGAUCAACUCUUUUAGCAUCCAUACAUCAGAGAGAAGAUGCAGCAUUUGUCUUUCUACGUCUGGAUUAUUUCACUUAACAUAAUAUCCUCUAGUUUCAUCUAUUUUACUAUAAAUGAUAGGAUGUCAUUAUUAAUCAUUCUAUCUUAUUGAAGAUUUGGCCUUUUUCUUAGUGUAAAAUAUCCUUUUUCUCCUGUAAUUUUUUUUUUUUGCUUAAAAUCUACUUUGUCAAGUAUUAUUAUAGUCAGCCUGCCCUUUUUUAGUUAUAUUUGCAUGGAAGAGCUUUUUCCAUCCUUCACUUUCAACCUACAUGUGAUUGGGGUAUCAAGUGAGUCUCUUAUAAUUGGCACAUACAGUUGGCCUUCAGUAUUCUUGGGUUCCACACCCAUGGAUUCAAUUAGCUGUAGAUUGUGGACUAUGUAGUUAGACCAGUGGUAGUUGUGUCUAUUCUAAACAUGUUCAUGUCUUUUUUCUUAUCAUGAUUCCCUAAAUGAUGCAGUAUGCUAACCACUUACAUAGGAUUUAUAUUGUAUUUAUACAUGAUAAGUAACCUAGAGAUAAUUUAAAUUUAAAGUAUGGGAGAACAAACAUAGGUUAUAUGCAAAUACAGUUCUGUUUUAUGUAAGGUAUUUGAGCUUCCACAUAGUUGGUAUCUGUGGAGGGAAGGGUGUCCUGGAACCAGUCCCUAGUGGACACCACAGACAGUUGUUUCAGACAAUUCAGUGGAGGGGCCAGUUUCCACCAUCGUCUGUGAGUACGCUCUGCUUUUAUUCCUAUUCUAAAAUUCUUGUGUUAUGAGAAAGAGACAGUUUUCUGUGUUUAAGAAAACAGUAUUGUUAAAAGUGUAACACAAAGGAUGUGAUCCAGCCCAGAACUAGGUUUAGCCCUAUAUUUAUAAGCUCUACUGCUUUAAUUGCAAAUGUGUAAAGGCAAGAGUACCUCCACUUGAGGGAAGAUGUAUAUCUUUUUCUUUCCUCACUGGAAAAAUGUUUUCUGGUAAAGCAAAAUUCAUUUUUAUUAUAGUAAUGGUUUCUAAAAAUUAAAAUAUAAACAAAAAGAUUGAAAAGAGGUGGAAUCUUCUGCUAACCAGAAGUAUUUUUAUCUAUUCACAGUCAUUCCUACUCCAUCCAUAACCCUACAAAGACUAUGUAUCUCUUAGUUAAUUAAUCAAUUAGUCAUUUAAUUCAAUAUUUACUGAGCACCUACUAUGUGCCAGCUCUGCUUUUAUGCCUGGGGAUUCUGUGGUAGAACAAACAGACAAAAAAAAAUUCAUGCCUCAUGGAACAUGCAUUCUAGUAAGGAAAUAAGAUUAAAUAAGUACAUAAAUAUGUUACAUAGCUUAAUGGUGCUAAGAAGAAUAAACAUGAAAAGUUGUAUGAAAUGUUUAGAGAUGUUGAGAUUUUAUUUUGAAUGGUCAAGAAGGUCUUCAAAGAGAAAGUGUCUUUUGAAUAAAGAUCCAAAAGAGAUAGAAAAGCUGGCCAUGCCAACACAGGAAUAAAGUGUGUACUUGCACCUGGCAGAGGGGAAAUCCAAAUAUAGCAGCAGUUUUGUGUGUUUAGGGACAGCAUCUGGGCCUUGACAGGAGCUGGAGAAGGAGGAAGGGAAGGGAAGUAGAAGAGAGUAGAUGAAAUGAGAACACUAGUAGGAGCUGAGCUAUGUCCCCCAGAACUUUGUAGGCCAUUGUAAGGCAGGGCUUUUCCUUGGAGAAAAAUUGGGGCCAUUGAAGAGUAUUGAGCCGAAGAACAGACAGGAUCUGACUGUACAGGAUUGCUCUUGAUGCUGCUCGGAAAAGGAUUUUAAGGUAACAAGGUCAGAGGCAAUGAAGCCACUGCAGAGGCUACUGCAGAAAUUGAGGCAAGGAAUGAUAAAGAGCAGAAGUGGGGAAGGGGGUUGAAUUCUGGGAGUGUUUAAAGGUAGAGGCAAUAGGAUUUGCUGAGGUCUAAACUUGGGCUGUGAAAGAGAGAGGAAAGCCAAGAAUAACCCUGUAUGAUUCAAAGAAUAGAACUGAAUGAAUUGAGGUGAGAAAGACUGUGGGAUGACCUAUUUUUGAAAGAAUAUGAAUAGCCCGGUUUGGCCAGGUCAGUUUUGAGAUGAAACAUGUGGGUAUGUCAAGCAGGCAACUGGAUAAUUGGAAACGGAGCUUAAGGCAAGGUGCAGGCUGGUUGUACAAAUAUAGAAGUCUUCAGCAUGAAGUUGGAUCCUAAUUCAGGGCUGAGUUAGGUCGCCUAAGGAGUGUUACUGGAAAAGAGUCCACAGUCUGAGCCCCAUAAGGGCUAGGGAGAGGAGAAAGAAUCAGUUUAAAAGACUGACAAGGAACAACUGGAAAGGUAGGAGAAAAAGCAGCCAGCAUGAUGCUCUGAAAGCCCACAAGAAGGUUGUCCAAGGAUAUAAGAGUACCUCUUAGCAUUCUUGCAUUACACAUAACGUUUCACCCAUUUGUUUCCUGACUAGUGCUGAGCCUUCCCCUUCAGCUAGAAAAAUGGCAGUGUUCAAGAAGUUAAAACUUCUUCUCUGGAAGAAUUUCAUCUUAAAGAAGCGGAGGAUUCUGAUGACAGUGCUUGAAAUCUUGAUGCCAUUACUAUUUUCUGCAGUUGUAUUGUAUCUUCGUUUUAAUAGUGUCCCAAGAAAAAGAGCUGCUACUAAUUACAGUGCAAUUGAUGUCAGUUCGCUGCCAGACUUCUUCCAUCAGUUUCCUGUGAAAAAUAAAUUUCAACUAGUUUAUAUCCCUUCCAAGAGUGAGACUUUGAAGGCUCUCACUGAAAUGGUGGAAGAUACUUUCGAUGUUGAGUUUGAAGUUCUAGGCUUUUCUUCCAUGUCUGUGUUUGAAAGUUACAAAAUUAAUGAUCCCAAAGCUUUCUACAUAUUGGUAGGAAUUGUUUUUGACCAUAACUUCAAUGACAGCAGGGAACCUUUGCCACUUGGGGUGAAGUAUAACUUGCGCUUCAGUUAUAUUCGGAGGAUUUUUGCAUCAAUGAAGCAUGCGUUUCUUCAAGAGGACUCCGAAGGCUGGUGCACAUCCUUUCUUUAUCCUCCUAACCUAAGCUAUGAACCCAGGGAAUUUGCAUUUACUGAUGGCGGAAUCCCUGGAUACUACAAAGAAGGCUUCCUGGGCAUACAGCAUGCUGUGGACAAAGCCAUUAUGCAUCACCAUGCUCGCAAUGCAUCAGCUGACAUAUUUGAGAGACUCAAUAUGCUCUUGCAGAGGUUCCCACAUGGGCCCCAUAUUCAGGACGGGUUCUUCCUGGUCCUUCAGAACGAGUUUCCACUGUUCCUCAUGCUCAGCUUUAUAUGCAUUGAGCUCAUCAUCAUCAAUACUGUCCUACUGGAGAAAGAGAGAAAACUGAAGGAAUAUAUGUAUAUGAUGGGAUUGAACAGCUGGCUGCACUGGGUUGCUUGGUUCAUCACAUUCUUCAUUUCUGUCUUCAUUGCUGUUUCUAUCAUGACCAUUCUCUUCUGCACAGAGGUGGAAAACAUGGUUGUGUUCAAGAAUAGUGAUCCUAGUUUGAUUUUUGUUUUUCUAAUGUGUUUUGCUGUUGCUACAAUUUUCUUUGCAUUCAUGAUCAGCACAUUCUUCCAAAGAGCACACGUUGGAACUGCCUCAGGAGGCAUCAUCUUCUUCUUCACCUACCUCCCCUACCUGUACCUCACAUUCAGCUACCACCAGAGGAGCUACUUUGAAAAGAUAACCUUUUGUCUCUUCUCAAAUGUUGCCAUGGCAAUGGGAGUCCACUUCAUCUCCAUGUUUGAGGCAAAAGGCACAGGCAUCCAAUGGAAGAACAUGGGCAGUAUCCGUGGAGAGUUUAGCUUCAUUCAGGUGAUGCUGAUGCUCCUGCUGGAUUCAUUAUUGUACUGUAUAAUAACCUGGUAUGUGGAAUCCGUCUUCCCAGGGAAGUUUGGGAUACCCAAGCCUUGGUACUUCUUUGCCAUGCCCUCCUACUGGCAUGGGAAGCCUAUUCCAGUUACACAUGCACUACUGGACAUGGGUGAUCCUAAUGAAGCUCCAAAAAAGGAGUUCAUACGAACUGAUCUGAUAAGAGGAAUUGAAAUCCAGCAUCUAUACAAGGUAUUUUACAGGAGAGGGAAUGCACACAUAGCAGUCAAAGAUCUGCGCAUGAAUCUGUACAGAGGUCAGAUCACUGUUCUUCUGGGACACAACGGAGCAGGAAAAACCACCACCUGCUCCAUGCUCACAGGUCUUAUUUCCCCUUCAAGUGGACAGGCAUAUAUCAAUGGAUAUGAGAUUUCAAAAGACAUGGUUCAAAUCAGGAAGAGCAUAGGCUGGUGCCCACAACACAAUAUCUUAUUUGAUAACUUCACAGUAGCAGAACAUCUUUUUUUUAUUGGGAGAUUGAAAGGCCUGUCUCAGCAGAAGUGCCCUGAAGAAGUCAAGCAGAUGCUGCACAUCCUCAAUCUGGAGGACAAGCGCAACUCACGGUCCAAGUUCCUGAGUGGGGGCAUGAAAUGCAAGCUGUCCAUCGGCAUCGCCCUCAUAGUAGGCUCCAAGGUGCUGAUGCUGGACGAACCCACCUCAGGCAUGGACGCCAUCUCCAGGAGGGCCAUCUGGGACCUUCUUCAGCAGCAGAAGAGUGACCGUACCAUCCUCCUGACCACCCACUUCAUGGACGAGGCUGACCUACUGGGGGACCGCAUUGCCAUCAUGGCCAAGGGGGAGCUGCAGUGCUGUGGGUCAUCACUGUUCCUCAAGCAGAAAUAUGGUGCAGGAUACUAUAUGACUUUACUGAGAAAUCCUUACUGUGACACAGAGAAGAUUUCUCAUCUUAUUUAUCAUCACAUACCAAAUGCAGUUAUGGAGUCCAGCGUUGGAGAAGAAUUAAUAUUUAUACUUCCUAAAGAGCAUUCACCCAGGUUUGAAUCUCUAUUUACUGACCUGGAAAUGAAGCAGACAGAGCUGGGAAUCACCAGCUUUGGGGCUUCUGUCACUACCAUGGAGGAAGUGUUCAUUAGGGUUUGUAUGUUGGCAGACUACAGUACAGAUAUUUCAGCCAAGAAGCAACCCUCUAUUCAUCCCCAUUCCCUGAUUAGCAGAGUUCCUGUUGAAAGAAUUAAAUAUCUUCAUUCAAGGAUCUUCUCAUUACAGACUGGUCUACCAAUCACACUAAACACUGGAUUCAGUCUUCUCUGCCAACAAUUCUACGCCAUGUUCCUGAAAAGGGUCAUAUAUUCUCGGCGCAACUGGAUGGUGAUGUUACCUGUACAGAUCUUGGUGCCUCUGGUGAUCAUUAUAUUAAGCCUCACAUUCUUCAACUUUAAAAUGAGGAGCAUGGGAAGUGUUCCCUUACAGUUGGCUCUAAAUACAUAUGGUCAGACUAUUGUUCCAUUCUUUGUUUCUCAGAAUUUCAAACUGGAUCCUCAACUUUCAGAUCAUUUUGCAAAUAUGCUUGUGGCUCAGGGAUAGAUUCCUCUGGAAGUCCCAGGUCCUGUAGAGGAGUUUCUAUUGAAAAAGGCAGAAGCGGAACCCGAGGACUUUAAUAGGCUGUAUGUGGUAGCAGUUUCCUUUGAAGAUGUAGAUAACCACACCAUAGUGAGAGGGCUGUUCAACAACCAGGCAUACCAUUCCCCUGCCUUGGCUCUGACUCUGGUGGACAAUUAUCUCUUCAAGUUGCUUUCUGGUGCCAGGGCUUCCAUUACCGUUUCCAACCCCCCUCAACCUCAGACAGCCAUGGAGUUCUCAGAGAAUGUCUUAUACCAGGGCCCUAAAGGACAUUAUCUUAUUAUCAACUUGCUUUUUGGAAUGGCUUUUUUAUCUAGCUCUUUUUCCAUGUUGACGGUCAGAGAAAGACGCAUUAAGGCCAAGCACAUCCAGUUCAUAAGUGGAGUUUACAUGGCUGCUUUCUGGUUCUCCGCUAUGCUGUGGGAUCUCCUGUCCUUCCUUGUCUGCACUCUGCUCCUGAUAGUGGUGUUUUUAUACUACAAGGAAGAAGCUUUUACACACCAUGAGAAUGUGCUGGCCAUGAUCUUGAUGUUGAUGCUGUAUAGCUGGGCUAUUAUCCCCUUCAUCUAUGUGAUCAGCUUCUCCUUUGACAGUGCUGGUAAUGCUUGUGUUAAGCUUGUCAUCAUGCUUACCUUCUUGAGCAUCGGCCCCAUUGUGCUUGUCUCAGUCACAGGUGAACAAGAGUUGGGCUACACAGAAAUCUCAGAGUCCUCGGAUCGUACUUUUCUAAUACUUCCAGGAUACUGUCUGGGGAUGGCUUUUUCCAACUUGUAUUACAACUUUGAACUACAAAAGUUUUGCAAUUCCAAGAAUCUGAGCCAGAUUGAGUGCAAAGAAGUUUCAGAAGGACAUGUGAUUCAAAAGAACAUCUAUGCCUGGGAAUCCCUUGGGAUAGGGAAAUAUCUGGCAGCCUUGGCUAUCUCAGGACCUUUGUACAUCAUCCUGCUUUUUCUUGUUGAAACCAAAGUGUUCAGGAGACUGAAAGCUAGGAUUUCUAACUUCUUCCUGAAGCAAAAGUGGUGAGCAAGAUUGCUCGCAGCAGCAUCAGUGCCUGAAGACCAAGAUGUAGAAGAGGAGGCAAAAACUGUCAGGACUUAUUUGGAAACGUUGCGAAAGACACAUCCACUAAUUGUUAAAGAAGUGUCGAAGGUCUAUAUCAAGAAGGUACCCCUGCUGGCUGUGAACAAAGUAUCCUUCACUGUUCAAGCUAAAGAAUGCUUUGGUCUUCUUGGAAUUAAUGGAGCUGGAAAGACUUCCAUUUUCAAAAUGCUGACAGGACAGAAGCCCAUCACCUGUGGGGAUGCAUUUAUUAGGGGUCUUAGCAUCAGCUCUGACCUAGGGAAGGUCCGGCAGUGGAUUGGUUACUGUCCUCAAUUUGAUGCCUUGCUGAGCUUCAUGACAGGCCGAGAGACACUGGUCAUGUAUGCCCGGAUCCGGGGCAUCCCGGAGCGCCACAUCAGUUCCUGUGUGGACCAGAUUCUUGAGGACUUAGUCAUGUUCGUGUAUGCAGACAAGCUGGUAAAGACCCACAGCGGUGGUAACAAGCGCAAAUUGAGCACGGCUAUUGCCCUCAUUGGAGAUCCUGCCGUCAUCUUCCUGGAUGAGCCGUCCACUGGCAUGGACCCUAUGGCCCGGCGCCUGCUCUGGGGCACUGUGGGAAAGGCCCGCGAGUCUGGCAAGGCCAUUGUCAUCACCUCCCACAGCAUGGAGGAGUGUGAGGCUUUGUGCACCUGGCUGGCCAUCAUGAUGCAGGGUCAGUUCAAGUGCCUGGGAAGCCCACAGCACCUCAAGAGCAAGUUUGGCAGCGGCUACUCCCUGCGGGCCAAAGUCCGAAGGGAAGGGCAGCAAGAAGCACUGGAGGAGUUCAAGGCAUUUGUAGACCUGACCUUUCCAGGCAGUGUCCUAGAAGAGGAGCACCAAGGCAUGGUCCACUACCACCUGCCUGGCAAUGACCUCAGCUGGGGGAAGGUGUUUGGCAUUCUGGAGCAAGCCAAGAAGAAGUACCUGUUGGAGGACUACUUGGUCAACCAGAUCUCCUUGGAGGACAUCUUCCUGAACUUCGCCAGUCUUGUGCCCCCUACUCAAGGAACAAUCCAACAAGAGCAAGCAGAGCCAGACAGGUCUUCAUCACCCUCACUGCCUUGCCCUCAGCCUUGCUCACCUCCCUCUCAGCCUCUCUUGCCUUCUUCAUCACCUCCUUCCCAGCCUCCCCUUCAAUCUCCCUCAUCUCUUUCUCAGUCGCCCUCACUGCCUUCCUCAGAACCAGUCCUAUGGUAA